AAAACAAUGAGCUUGCUCUGGGCAGCUCCCCUGUCGUAUUCUUCUCUCACACGCCAAUUUCCAUAUUCCAUUUUAUCACAAUAUAAUAACAAAAUAUAAUAAUUUAAUUUACAGGUACCUACUCAUUAACAGCUAUACAUACACGUAUAUACUUAUAUAUGUGAAUCUCUAGAGAGAGAAGAUAUAGAGAGAGAGAGAGAGUAGCCGACAGCUAGUGGCUCUACUUCUCACUCUUACCUUUCCUCACAUAUCUUGACUGCAUUUCCGAUUUGAUCGUUCAUUUUGAUCUCAAUUUUAAUCGGCGUUUUGUACGAUCUGGUUUGUAUUUGGAUCUGGUGGUGGAUCAAUCGAGUGAUUGGAUGAAAAAUUAGAGUUAAUUCGGAUUGGAGUUGAUACGGUGGCGUUUGGAUCGUGAGGAGGGAAUUUUAGUAGCUCUGGUGAUGUUAAAUAAUUGAGUGACAGCUUGUACCUAGCUGAUUGCGAAUCCGUUACUGUCGUUCAAGCUUGGUGACGAUGGAAUCUGAAGCAGAAAACAAGGGGAAGGCCUUGAAGAACAUGGGCAGCCAGGUCUGUCAGAUCUGUGGUGAUAAUGUGGGGUUGACUGCUGACGGUGAUGCAUUUGUUGCCUGUGAUGUCUGUGCAUUUCCAGUUUGCAGACCGUGCUAUGAAUACGAGAGGAAGGAUGGGAACCAGUCUUGCCCUCAAUGCAAAACCAGAUACAAGAGACACAAAGGAAGUCCUGCAAUUCAUGGUGAUGGAGAGCAGGAUGGUGUUGCUGAUGACGGUGCUGAUGAUCUCCACUUCUCUGAAAAUCAAAGUGACAAGCAGAAGAUUUCUGAGCGCAUGUUGAGCUGGCAUAUGAGUUAUGGGCGAGGAGAAGGUGCUGGCGCACCAAAGUACGAUAAGGAGGUUUCUCAUAAUCACAUUCCUCUGCUUACAAAUGGAACAGAUGUUUCUGGAGAACUGUCCGCAGCGUCACCUGGACGUCUUUCAAUGGCAUCUCCUCCUCCUGGUGGAAAACCUAGAAUUGUGGAUCCAGUGAGGGAGUUUGGAUCCCCAGGCCUAGGCAAUGUUGCCUGGAAGGAAAGAGUUGAUGGCUGGAAGAUGAAACAGGAAAAGCCUGUUAUUCCAAUGACUACUAGCCAUCCUCCUUCUGAAAGAGGAGGAGGAGGAGACAUUGAUGCGAGCACAGAUAUUCUUGUGGAUGAUGCUCUGCUGAAUGAUGAAGCCCGACAGCCUCUGUCAAGGAAGGUGUCUGUUCCAUCAUCAAGAAUUAAUCCUUACAGAAUGGUUAUUGUACUGCGACUAGUGAUUCUCUGCAUUUUCUUACACUAUCGGAUAACGAAUCCUGUACCCAAUGCAUUUGCUUUGUGGUUAAUUUCUGUGAUCUGUGAGAUUUGGUUUGCUGUAUCCUGGAUUUUGGAUCAGUUCCCAAAAUGGCUUCCCGUAAACCGUGAGACAUAUCUCGACAGGCUCUCUCUUAGAUAUGAUCGUGAAGGAGAGACAUCACAGUUAGCUGCUGUUGACAUAUUUGUCAGUACUGUUGAUCCUCUAAAGGAGCCUCCUCUUGUCACAGCCAAUACUGUUUUGUCCAUUUUAGCAGUAGACUAUCCGGUUGACAAGGUGUCGUGCUAUGUUUCUGAUGAUGGUUCUGCAAUGUUGUCAUUUGAAUCUCUAUCAGAAACAGCUGAAUUUGCAAGAAAAUGGGUCCCUUUCUGCAAAAAGUACGCUAUUGAGCCACGGGCUCCAGAGUGGUACUUUUCUCAGAAGAUUGACUACUUGAAAGAUAAAGUUCAGCCAUCCUUCGUCAAGGACCGUCGGGCUAUGAAGAGAGAAUAUGAAGAAUUUAAAAUUCGUAUCAAUGCGCUCGUCGCCAAAGCCCAAAAAGUUCCUGACGGAGGUUGGGUUAUGCAAGAUGGUACUCCAUGGCCUGGAAAUAAUAUAAGGGAUCAUCCAGGAAUGAUUCAGGUUUUCUUGGGUCAAAGUGGAGGUCUUGACAGCGAGGGGAAUGAGCUGCCACGUCUAGUAUAUGUUUCUCGUGAAAAGCGUCCAGGGUUCACACAUCACAAGAAGGCUGGUGCUAUGAAUGCACUAGUUCGUGUGUCAGCUGUUCUUACCAACGGUCCUUUCUUGUUGAAUCUCGAUUGUGAUCAUUACAUAAACAACAGCAAGGCCCUGCGUGAAGCAAUGUGCUUCUUAAUGGAUCCAAACCUUGGCAAGUAUGUGUGCUAUGUUCAGUUCCCACAGAGAUUUGACGGUAUCGAUAAGAACGAUCGAUAUGCCAAUCGCAACACUGUCUUCUUUGAUAUCAACUUGAGAGGUUUAGAUGGCAUUCAGGGCCCUGUAUACGUGGGCACUGGAUGUGUCUUCAACAGAACAGCUUUGUAUGGUUACGAACCUCCACACAAACCUAAGAAUAAGAAAACUGGAUUUUUGUCAACCUGCUUCGGUCGAUCGAGUAAGAAAAGUUCUAAAUCAAGUAAGAAGGGGUCAGAUAAAAAGAAAUCUAGCAAGUAUGCGGAUCCAACUGUUCCCAUCUUCAGCUUGGAGGAUAUAGAAGAGGGUGUCGAAGGUCCUGGAUUCGACGAUGAGAAGUCAUUGCUAAUGUCCGAAAUGAGCCUCGAGAAAAGAUUCGGACAGUCUGCAGUUUUCGUUGCAUCAACCCUAAUGGAGAACGGUGGCGUUCCCGAGUCUGCGACACCCGAGACUCUUCUGAAAGAGGCCAUUCAUGUUAUUAGUUGUGGUUAUGAAGAUAAGUCAGAAUGGGGUACUGAGAUAGGAUGGAUUUACGGUUCAGUCACAGAAGAUAUUCUCACAGGGUUUAAGAUGCACGCGCGUGGGUGGAGAUCGAUUUACUGUAUGCCGCCUAGAGCAGCCUUCAAGGGAUCAGCUCCCAUUAAUCUUUCCGAUCGUUUGAACCAAGUGCUUCGUUGGGCUUUGGGUUCCGUCGAGAUUUUAUUCAGCAGGCAUUGCCCUAUAUGGUACGGCUAUAAUGGCAGGCUAAAAUGGCUUGAGAGAUUCGCUUAUGUCAACACCACAAUUUACCCAAUCACUUCCAUUCCUCUUCUCUUCUAUUGUACCUUGCCAGCUGUCUGCUUGCUCACCGGAAAGUUCAUUAUCCCACAGAUUAGUAACCUUGCGAGUAUAUGGUUUCUGUCCCUCUUUCUCUCCAUCUUCGCCACCGGAAUACUCGAGAUGAGGUGGAGCGGCGUCGGAAUAGACGAGUGGUGGAGGAACGAGCAGUUCUGGGUCAUCGGUGGUGUCUCCGCCCACUUAUUCGCCGUCGUACAAGGUCUCCUCAAAGUUCUUGCCGGAAUCGACACCAACUUCACCGUCACAUCAAAAGCCUCCGACGAAGACGGGGACUUUGCGGAGCUCUACCUCUUCAAGUGGACCACCCUCCUCAUACCGCCCACCACCCUCCUCAUAGUCAACAUUGUCGGAGUCGUCGCCGGAAUAUCGUACGCUAUCAACAGCGGGUACCAGUCGUGGGGCCCGCUCUUCGGGAAGCUGUUCUUUGCGUUUUGGGUGAUUGUGCAUCUCUACCCGUUCUUGAAGGGUCUCAUGGGGAGGCAGAACCGAACGCCCACGAUUGUCGUGGUGUGGUCGAUUCUUCUGGCUUCGAUUUUUUCGUUGCUUUGGGUGAGGAUUGAUCCUUUCACCACUAGGGUCACUGGCCCUGAUGUUGAACAGUGUGGAAUUAACUGUUAGAAGGUUUGUUUGGUAAAUUGUGUGCUUGUAUCCACUCACAUCUUGCCUUUUUUUUUUUUUCUUUAUUAAGUUAAGUUUUGUGUAGAGAUAAAGAAAGCAAAAAGUCAUCUUUUUUUGUGGUUUUAUAUUUAUAAGCUGUCACAAGAUUUGUGAGUGGGAAUAAGUACCCUUAUAUUUAUGUUCGUGUAAGGAGUUUCCAAAGAAUUGUAUGUUGAAACUUUUUAUGUAAUAUCUUCCAUCCAUAAAUUUUAUGAAUUAAUUUAUUCA